AAAAAGCCUGUUUUAGUCACCCAGACACCAUUUUAGCGGAGAGCGGUCCGCGGCGGCUGGCGGUUUGUUUUUAUUUUUUUUAACAUAAGAAGCGGAGUGUGUGAGCCGGUGCGGGGCGGAUGAGCGGGCCGAGCGGGCUCCUAUAAAUGUCGGAUUUCAUUAUUUGUCGGCCUACCGUGAAGACGCGGUGGCGGCGGCGGCGGGGGCGAGAGGGACGGACCGGGACGAGCCGCGGCCCGGGUCCGUGAGGAGGGGCGCAUCGGAAUACUUUCCCUUUAAAGCGGAGAGGGACAGAGGGGGUGAAGGAGCGAUAAAAAAAGAAAAGGAAGAAAAGCGCGAGAGGGAGGGAGGGCGAGAGAGAGGGAGAGAGAGUUUGAAAAAAAGAGAAAGAUGUCACCCUGCCGAGUGAAACACCGAGGCGGAGCCACGCACCGAGGCCGACCGGGAGCGCUCUAGCUCGGGGACGAGCUGCACGCAACGCCGAGGCUCGGGAGCGACGCUGCGGCCUUCCUCCGGAGCUACCGCAAAAAACAAAACAAAAAAAACAACAACAGCUGCUAUGAUUACUAGCACAACAUCCUCUUCUCUAUUAAAAAUAAUCUCUAUUUUUGCAUGCAAUUCAUCAUUUUAUUCCAGUAGACAUAAGCAAAUAUUAAAAAAUGCACCAUUAAAGCAAGCAUGAACCAUCUUGUCGCAUUUAUAUUAAAAAGUCUUUCCAGAUUUACAUAUUAACACCAAUAAGUAUCAGCCGAUCUGAGCCGAACAUCGCCCGGUGUCAUUAUUUAUUUCGCAUUAAUUAACCGAGCAGGUGGAGGAACAGGCCGCGGGUUUUGUUUUCAUAGCCGCAGUCGGAGCGUCUCUCCCGGCUGCUCCCUCCACCCUCCCCGCUCCCCCCGCUCCGCUCCCCGGCCGGCUGCACCAUGGACACCUCCUGGAGCAACUUCCUCUUUCAGACUCCGUCAGCUCAGUCUCAGCCUGAGACUCCGCUCCAGUCAGAGAUGCUGCCGGAGCUCAGCGGCGUCACACAGAGUCCUCCGGCCGACAUCGCCACGCCGCCGUCCACCGUCGACACGGCGGCGCUCAGUGAGGAGCCGCUGCCCGUCAAAGCCCUGGUGAAGCCGAGUCGUCCGGCUCACAUCUGCGCCACCUGCAACAAGGAGUUCAAGAACAGCUACAACCUGCGGCGCCACCAGUCGGUGCACACGGGCAUCAGGAUGAAGGACCGCGCGGCGCGGGAGAAGGAGGACGGCGGCAAGAAGCAGACGGUUCCUCUGUCGCUGCUGCACCUCACGCUGCCGCUGCAGCCCGCCGCCCCGCCCCCACCUCCCCCCGCCACCGACGUCCUCCCCCCGCCUGCUCAGCUCGCCAGCCAGGAGAGCCAGCCGGUGUCUGUGUCCAUUGCCCCGGCAACUGUAACCAUGGCUGCGCCGCCUCAACCCAUCCAGGCAGCCGUGGUGGUGGUGGGCAACAUGGAGCAGACCCCACCCCAGACCCCGACCCCCCCGGUGAGGAAAAACCAUGCGUGUGAGGCGUGCGGGAAGGCCUUCAGAGACGUGUACCACCUGAACCGCCACCGUCUGUCCCACUCCGACGAGAAGCCGUACUCCUGCCCCAUCUGCCAGCAGCGCUUCAAGAGGAAAGACCGCAUGAGCUACCACGUCCGCUCGCACCAGGGCGGCGUGGAGAAACCCUACGUGUGCCCACACUGCGCCAAGGCCUUUUCCCGACCAGACCAUCUCAACAGCCACGUGCGGCAGGUUCACUCUACAGAGAGGCCGUUCAAAUGCACGACGUGCACGUCGGCGUUUGCCACCCGGGACCGUCUGCGCGCCCACCUUGUCCGCCACGAGGAGAAGGUGCCGUGUCACAUCUGUGGGAAGCUUCUGUCGGCUGCCUACAUCACCGACCACAUGAGGGUCCACAACCAAUCACAGCACCACGCCUGCCACCUCUGCAACCGCAGCUUCACCACACUCACCUACCUGCGUGUCCACGCUCAGAAGCACCACGGUCAGGAGUGGAAGGAGAGCGGCGGGGCGCGGGGCGGCUUCGGCGGGACAGGGGCGGGCGGCGUGCUACUCUGCCAGCUGUGUGGCGUGCAGUGCAAGACGGCGACACAGCUCCAGGGUCACAUGGGCACCCACGCCAACCAGGGCGAUCCCGGGCCCGAUCCCACCAGCGCGGGCCCCGUGGGCACCACCAGUGUGGCCGUCACCGUGUCCAGCGCCAGCGCCGUGGGACUGCUGGUAACUGACUGCUCCAGUAUCGCCCCGCAGCCCCACAGCUAG